UCGUGUGCUGGAUUUGGCUUCCUUUGGCGGGAUUGCAUGCUCAAGGAUUCGAGAUAGGAAGCUAGUACCGAUUUGCUGAGAACCGUGAAUACAAGCAGAUUUAUGUGCAAGCGAUCAGUCGCUUUAAUACUGGUCCUUGAAGAGGACUCCUUUCGCAAACGGCUCGGAGGUCAACCGGUGCCUCGAAGUAAAAGUGCUCUAAGGGACAUACAAUCCGUGUUGGUAGGGAAGCAGCAAUAGUGUAGCAUCCCUACCAUAGCAGACGAUAUACCAGUUACCCUCUGCUGGGGAUCUGGAACGAACGAAAGCGAAAGUGCAAGUGCAAGUGAGUGAGCCAAUCCUGAGGCUUCCUUUCCCGCCGCUGUCGCCGAAAGUGCCUGAGUUGCUAGCAGUAUAGCCGGCGGCUGACCGCCUCUCGAACUCCAAAGAUCCGUGUAGCACCGCCUCGUACUCCCACUCCAUCAACAGAUUUUUAUGCUACCACUCGUGGGGGAAACUCGUUGUAAAUCUGUCUUCUCUUGCUUUGCAUUUCAAGUCCGGCGAAUUUGAGAAAGCACCUCUCCGCCCGCGAUCGGGGAGAGUCUCUCGCACGCGUCUCGAUCAACAUAGUGGUCAGCAGCAAAAGCAGCAGCAGCAGCAGCAGCAACAGCAUCAGCAACGUCUGCCUUUGGAGGACCCGAGAGAAUCGAGAAGAUCUUCAGUGCUAUCAAAAGCUUGCCGGAUGCGAACCGCGAAGCUUCACUUGCGAGCGCUGCUGUCACGGUUCCUUGUCGCUGUACGGGUUUUGUGUGUUUUCAGUUCAGUAUGUUCAGAGAAGAAGAUCCGAGUCAAAUGAAAUCGAAAGUGAGUCUACCGAGGCAGGAUUAAAAGUAAAACUUUUUUUUUUUGUAACAUACUUUUUGGUUGCGUACGAUAUUCAUCAUCAUUACUACGAAGAGGAGUAGUGACUAGCAGAGUUGUGCGCGGCGACGAAACGAAAUAAAUCGGUGAAUAAACUAAUUGUUGUGACUGUGUGGUGUUUUUUCAAAGUCGAAAAGAAACGAAUCGUGCGAAGGAGCAGCUUACGUUGUGGAUUAGAAUUGUGACAACGGUGAAUUGUUUUCCGUGCUGGAGGAGGAACAAGAUCAGCACCAGAGGGUCCUAGCACCUUCAACAGGUCUGAACCAUAAGUCUACAUCUAAUUUCUGUUUUUCGAUGUUGUGCCGCUUGCCUAGCUUUAGUUCUAGAAAUAGUGCUUGUGUGAAACUACUUUCUUUAAGUUCUCAACCUGACUUUUAGCAGUUCCUCUUGAGUUUUCCCGAUUUUGUUUUCUGCUCGACAUAAGGAUUUUCACGGAAUAAACAACUGAAAAGGAUGCUGCUUGUCUGCUGUCCGUGUUCGUGCCCCGUGGUAAACCGUGCUAUGCCAGCCACCUGUUGCCGGUCCGCUUCCGUGAGGACUGCGCCAGCGUUGGUCGAAAAGUGAUUGUUUUCCAGUGUGUCACCGAGUGGUCUGGCUUUGGACAGAAAGUUUGAGGACAUGCGAACCCGCCUGGCUUCGUUGAUUGUUGUGAAGCAGGAACCUCUGUCAUCGGAUGUGGGGGACGAUUUUUACGGGGGAAUUUUGCCGGAAGCAGAGCAGAUUGCUGUGGUAGAUGAAUUGAAUGGUAACGCUAGUAUCAGACAUAACAACGGAAACAGUAGUAGUAGUAGUAGCAACACAUGUGGACAGUUUGAUCAUGAGUGCGGUGUGCAUUUCUACUAUGGACGUGAGAUCCCGACGACGGCCUUGUACGGGCGCAAUGACGUGAACAACAACAAUCAGCACGAUGAGCAGGAUUUUCAGUUGUUUGACCAGAAAAAGUGUGCUCCACAACUUCUGUCACAAGUUGUAACCUCGCCACUUUCGAGUGCUGUUCAGUGCACAACAGCGGUUCCCGUGACUACAACAGCGAUCCUCACAUCCGUAUCAUCGAAUUCUGCGAGCAGCGCUGCGACAGCUGGAGGACACACCUCGGCUACACGCCAUCCGACUGCGCAUCCGAAUAGUGCAAAGGCUACCGGCGAAACCGGAACCGGCGGCAGUGGUGGUAGCACCAGUAUGUUACUGUUGCAACCUCAGGCCUCUUCUUUUAGUUCAGUUUCUUCGUUCGAUUAUUUACUAUCGCAACAACAGAAUCAUCCGGAGCAGUCAUAUCAUCAACUAGGCACAUUUAGUGGUCCCACUCAUCAACAACAGUCACAACCGCAGGAGCAGCAGCAGUUGUCAUCAGAUCUUCUUCCGACAGGGAACCCAAUAGACAAGUUUGUCGAAUUUUUCGGAUCUUCUCAGGCACAAACUGCUGCGGAAUCAAUCUCCACCGAACCAUAUCUAGAUCAAGCGCAACAUUCGAACAGCUCGAGCGAUACUCUCGUUGGACUCGAAGAAGCUCCGUCUGCGUUUGGUGAAUCCAGUGAUAGCAUUCCCACGGCGCUGUUAAAGGCCGCCGGAAAUUUAACCGAGCUCCGGGAUCCUUUCAGUGUUAGCCCAUCACGUACACAGCCCGCUGAAGUCGAACAAGAUCUCCUCCUAGAAACAUCCUCUACUGAAGAGCUAGGACUGCUAACUCUUCGUUCCAGUAGCGAUCCAGUUCUCGCAAGCAGUGCACGACAACAGCAGCCUCAGCAUCAACAUCAACUAAUCCAGUCGCAACAGCAACAACCACAUCCUCUGCGAACGGCUGGUCCACCAAGACAACUUCGCUCGGCCGAUAUUGCCGGUACUAGCAGUACCAAUCCGAUCCUUCCAAGCUUUCAAGAGACAUACCCCAUCAAGUACAAUCAAUUGGCUAGUUUUGGUUUGAAAAUGGACGAAGAUUGCUUCAAAAUAGCGGCUUCUCCUCACCAUCAGAAUGUCAGUUACGGACACCACGGCUAUGGUCAUCAUGCCGCUGUUCAGCAGCCACAUUAUGAAUUUCAGCCACAUAAUACAGCUCCAACAGCACAAUACACUAAUCCAACUUCUGGUGGUACCUUUUAUUCUCCAACGUACGAUCAGCACGCACCGGUAAGUCAUAAUCCGAACGUUCGAGCAGCAGACAGUUCGUUAUCUGUUUCCCUCCCGCAGACCUACGGUGCUGUUACACCGCAAGACACUUACUCCCUUCCACCGUUUCCGACAAUCGCCGAGCUGCACGUAUCGACUACCUGUUAUCGGCGCGCUUCGCUACCGCUGCAGCGCUCGGAAUCAACAUCCAGCAGCGAAAGCCCAAAACCUCCCCGAGUCGGUAUUUACAAAUAUUCCGCUCUGCCGAGUGCGUCCAGCUCUGCAUCCAGUUCACCUGGGUACAUCAAUAACAACAACCCAAAUACAGUAAAUAACAAUGAGGUGGCUGCAGCAGCUGCUGCUGGUGUUACUCCCCGAGGGCCCACACCGCAAAGUCCUUCCCAACUGUGUGCUGUUUGCGGUGACACAGCGGCCUGCCAACACUACGGCGUGCGAACGUGUGAAGGCUGCAAGGGGUUCUUCAAACGUACAGUACAAAAAGGCUCCAAAUAUGUAUGCCUUGCCGACAAAGCUUGUCCCGUGGAUAAACGAAGACGAAACCGGUGCCAAUUCUGUCGUUUCCAGAAAUGUUUAACCGUGGGUAUGGUGAAGGAAGUGGUCCGAACCGAUUCGUUGAAAGGUCGCCGUGGUCGUUUGCCAUCCAAACCGAAAUCGCCCCAGGAAUCGCCACCAAGUCCCCCCGUCUCGAUGAUUACCGCAUUGGUGCGAGCUCACGUCGACACCACUCCCGAUCUCGCCAGUCUAGACUACAGCCAGUACCGUGAGCCUGGCCAGAACGAGCCGAUUAUCUCCGAGGCGGAAAAAGUACAACAGUUCUACAACCUCCUAACGACGUCCGUCGAUGUGAUCAAGCAGUUUGCCGACAAACUGCCCGGCUUCAGCGAUCUCAGUCCCGAUGACCAGGAACUCCUGUUCCAAUCGGCAUCCCUCGAGCUGUUCGUACUGCGACUGUCCUACCGAGCUCGAAUCGACGACACCAAGAUGACUUUCUGCAACGGAGUUGUCCUGCAUAAACACCAGUGCCAGCGGUCAUUUGGCGAUUGGCUAAAUGCCAUCCUAGAGUUCAGCAAAAGUUUACACGCAAUGGAGAUCGACAUCUCAGCGUUCGCCUGUUUGUGUGCACUAACCCUUGUUACAGAACGCUACGGCUUACGAGAACCGAAGAAAGUCGAACUGCUGCAGAUGAAGAUCAUCAGCAGCUUGCGCGACCAUGUCACGUACAACUCGGAAGCUCAGCGGAAGCCUCAUUACUUCAACCGGCUGCUCGGAAAACUCCCCGAACUGCGGUCGCUGAGUGUCCAAGGAUUGCAGCGAAUAUUCUACUUGAAGCUAGAGGAUCUCGUUCCGGCACCACCCCUGAUCGAGAACAUGUUUCUCGCUAGUUUACCAUUUUGAAAACAAUCGGUAAAUAACAAACAAUCAAUGACAAGCAGUUGGGAGAAGAAGAAAAAAGACACCGAUAGAGCCACAGAAGUUGGCCCGAAUCUGAAGAGAGAAGACUUGCAAAUUUUAAACUUCACACGAUUCUAUCGAGGAGAGAGGUGUAACGCGGUUUUUGUUCAGCAAAAAAAGAAUCAGUCUACAUUUGCAUAUCACGGAUGAGCGCGUGCGAGUGUGAGGUGUGUAGUUGUUUCCGGCGAGCAUCCGAACAAGAUAAGGUAUUAUCUUUCAACAAUAAAUGUGUGUGCAAAUCUGAAUCGGCUACCGGUGAGGUUAGGUGUUGAGAUGUAUUUUCCCUUCAUGUGUACUUCUCCCGGUUUGAUGACUAUUACUAGGAUUUGGGUCACACGCUGGCCCCGAACCGUUCGCACGUGAUAAUUACAAGGGUGAAAACAAAAAAAUGAAUGAUUAAUUUUUAUACGUGUUCGUGAACAAGUUACAAUUUAGCACUACAGCUUCAUACGACUUUAAAUGUGUGACUUUACCGUAUAUUGGGAAGUUUUUCGAAUACUAGUUUGAAAAUCAUAUUUUGUUCUGUUUCAAAACUUUGGUUCAGGUUUUUUUUUUUUGAAAACUUGACAAUCACAGAUGUUUUUCAGAAUAAGAUCAUCGAAUCACUUGUUCGCAAGUUGUAGCAUAAAAUUCUUUAAAUAAUUGUGUCUGAGAUUUGCAUUAGACAAAAUGUUGCAUUAAAAAAAACAUACAGUUUACUGGCUAUAACUUCAGGUCAAAUGAUUACAGCCAAUUCUAAUUUUGUAUAAUGCAAAUUCUCUUAUUAAUUGGGUCCAUCAUUGCGACCAGAACUCUGAUCUACCGCAGUUCGUCUUUGUUAUUUCACCAACGACAGUCAGAGGCACUAUUUUUCUAUGAUGUACCUACCUAUAUACUUAUUACCUAAGAGAAGUUAUAUUUUUAUAUAGGAUUGCUAAACCUGCUGUUAAAAAAAUUGUGUUCCGUUCUCAAAUGACAAACGAGGACUAAGGGGAAAUGAAAAUCUUAUUUUUCUUGUUACAGCAAACACGUUUUUCGUUCUGUACUCAAAACAUUAACUAUAUUUGUGCCACUGAGCCAACUUCAUGCUUCAUCCAUACGCAAUCUAACCUCAAACAACACCGGACAACAAAAUGCAAACGAAAAAAAAACCUAUCACUUCUAAAUAAAAAAAUCCUCAUUUAAAAAAACAGUUCACUUCGGAAGGUUUCUCUGAAUUUUCUUUCAAACCCUUAAAGUGGGGGUUACCCUACACUAAUAUUACUAAUUAUAGAAGGCGCAGCUAGCUACUCCUUGGGUAGCUUUAUUUGCCGGCAGACCCUGUUUUAAAAAGCGGCGAAGUACCUUUAUUGGAUUUUCGGUUCUCUGCUGAAGCAUCAAAAACAAAACAAUCAAAUCAAAACUUAUCCGCGUUUUUUCCUGUUCCUCUAGCUGUCAACAGUGGUAGAAUCCUAAGAAUGGCUUUUCUCCUGCGACUAGAAAGAUUUUGAACGAAAAUCAAACAAAUUUAAGUGAACGAUAUGAUGCGAAAGUUGCAGAGCAGUUGUCAUGGUAGGUACACGCUCUUGCAGAAGCACCUAAAAUCAGGACUAUUUUCCACUCAAUGCUGUCAUUGCAACUGAGCAAGUUACAGCCUCUGAAAGAAUCUAAAGAAAGCAACUCUCUGUCUCUGUUUAAGAAAAUUUGCAUUUAUCAAAUGCCUCCUUUUCAGAGUGUUUUGUAGUUUUGAUCGAGACAGUUUCGAGUGAGGUUUUUUUCGUCAAAGAGUCUGAUUAAAUCCUACGAAGUGAAAGUAGAUUGUUUAGUUGAACUUAUUUUACUCCUCAAAAUGAAGAUUAAAUCAAAUUAUACACAUAAAGAAUUGUAUCAUUACAACCAGGCUUGGUAUCCUCCUUAAUAUAUGAGAAGAGCUGAGUGAAUAUAAACCAUCACUUCUUGUCCAUCAUGAGUGCUUCGGGUAGCAUUUUUUUACACUGCACUUUUUUCUGUUAUGUGCUGUGUUCCUGCUGCUCGUAGAAAAACUAACACACUUGCCGCUUACACCUCAGCUGAGCAAAACAAGAGGGGUUAAUCAUUCUAGUGAAUGCACAGAAGUACGCCGCGGUGGGCACUGAUGACAUAAAUUCGAUAGCAUUCAAAGAGUCAACAUGCGUGACGAACGGCUGGAUUUAUUUUUUCAGUCUCGAGAUGCUAAGCAAACUACGCAAUUUGCUUUCCUUCCUGGAUGCUCUUCUCAUUUGAUAUAUGCUUAAGAAACACACAAAAAGGCACUGCAGUGAGCUAUGUUGUAUAUUUACUGAGCGUAUUGUCCUUAAAGCUCACAACAGUUUAUCAUCUUUCUGGAGAGAUAUUUCAGAUUUCAUCGCUGUGUUUCUUUUUGCAUGCUCCUCAGAUACAUAGGGUUGGCUGCUCUCUUCAAGCAAGUGCGUCGCUUUGCCCACCGGCGUGAGAACAGUUGUUUUUGCAGUGAAAGAUAAUCUCCUACACGGUAGUGUUUCUGUGAGGAGAAAAAACAAGCCUGAUUAUAACACUGUUGCCCGUUCUUCGAACUUUUAAUAGAAAAAAAUGUAUUGUUAUUGAAAAAAGUUCUGCCCAACACAUAAUGUGGGCGGUAAUUUGAAUCUGAGUAAUAUUUAAGAAAAAAAAACUUUCUUUGGCAAAGUUGGGACAUAUGAUGAAGCGCUUAUUAUGGUGGCAUAAAUUAGGGUGACCAAAAUUUUCGAUGAAAUUUAAGCAUCUUUUUAGAAAAAAAAUCUAUCUUUGAAAAUAACCAAUUUAUAUUGAAAAAAAACACAUUUCCUUCUCUAUCGAUUUUAUUUCAGUUUUCACAUCAAAACUGUCGUCGGACGACUUUUGAGACAAGCUUUUUGCAAUGCUGAGAUCGUGAAUAGCUCAAUCCAGUUCAAAGUUAUGGAUGUUUUUCAUCACAAAAAUAUGCACUUUUCAUUUGGUGGUAUAAUUUUCUUUCUGGGACAGACAUAAAAAAUAUCGCUCAGCUUCAUUCUGGAGACCACAUUUUACUCUCUGGAGAAAAUUUAAAAAAUAUGUUCAUUUUUGUUUUUUAAUGAAUUCAAUUUGAAAAAAAUGAUAAAAAUUAUAAUAAUUAAAAUAAUUUCAAAAUUACACAUAUAUAAUUUUUCGAUAUUUUUUUUUUUAAACUAGAAAUAACUACCCUCAUUUUGAUACAAAAUCAUCGAAAACUGUUGAACUGGUUCCAAAAUUAUGAAUUUUUGAAAGGAAAUAUUAAAAAAAAGCCGUUUUUUCAGACCACCUAAUUUCGGGGUUGGCAACCCUAACGACCAAACACAACGCAAAAAUUUUCGAUAAGGAUCCAUUCUUGCAAUUUUGAUCACAAGUGAAGCAGUUUGGAUGAGCCGUUCUAAAAUAGGAUUGCCAGAAUUUUUUUUCAAAAUAUUUUAUUUCCAAAAAUUUUGAACCAGUUGAUCGAUUUUUGAUGUUUUUGCAUAAAAUUAAAGAUAAUUAUAAAAAAGUUUUUGUUGCCAAAUUCGUAAGGGUCAUUUCAUACGAAAUAACCACGAAAAACACAAAGUUGGCAGCGAGCAUCACAAAUUUGGCUAAAAUUUGGGUGAAUCAUUCAUCCAGGUUCACUUUGAAAGAAUUUUAAUUUUGGUGUCGAUUGGAAUUCCCCUCGCGCUGUGGGACCCCCUCUUUGUUGCAAAAUACAGCACUUUAUGUUCGAAAUUUAUAUAUUUCCUUACAGUUCGUAGAAAUAAGUGUUGCCAACUAUAUUAUAAUUGUAUUUGUGGAAUCGUGUCCAUUGGAAAAUUUCACGAAAGAGACAAAUAUCACUUAGAGGUGAUGAAAGUCAAUCUCGAGAUAUGCCAUUUAUACGAAGUUUUGAAUGUCUCCAUUUUAUAUCAAAAAAUCUUAGUUCAUUAGGCAGACAGUAUGUGAAGUAAAGAGAGCGAAAAAUAAGCGAACUGGAAAUAUGAUACAGAUUUGGAAAAAUAUACCGCAUCCCGACGGGACUUGGUCAAAACACAAUGCCGGAGACAGGGAGAUUGCGGGUUCAAGUCCCGUCGGGAUGCGGUAUAUUUUUCCACAUCUGUAUCAUAUUUCCAGUUCGCUUAUUUUUCGCGCUCCUUACUUCACAUACUGUCUGCUUAAUGAACUUGCGUGUUGACGGGGAAAAGCCGUUGUUAAAAAUAGAAAUUUAGUUCGCAAAAAAUCCUAUUUUUUCGAAAAUGUCAGUUAACUUUCUAACUAAAGAACAACCGAAUCUAUCUGCCUAUCAAGGAAUCUAAAUAUAUUUUUCCUUUUUUGUAACAGUGUUGCCAUUUUCUUUUUUUCUUUUCUUUUUAUCUUCUCUUUUCGUUGCAGUUUCUUCGCUAUUUCGUUUCAUAUUGUUUAAUCGUACGGUAACAACAAAUGGUAAAUACUUUUUUUCAGAAUGAACAAAUAUAAAAAGGAAUCAAGAAAUUAAAAAAAAAUUGCUUAUUCAUUUAGUUUUGCGAGUUUUUAAUAUUUCCGCAAGUCUUAAAAAUCAUUGAUUGAAUUAAUUGAACGGGGCGAAAGUCUGGCAACACAGCUGCAAAAAAGGAAAGAUAUUGUUAGUUUCCUCCAUAACCAUAGAAAUCUUAAAAUAAUAAUGAAAAAAAAAACACAGGUAGAAGUUCAUGAAACUGUCAAUAUCGAAUUUUUUGAAGCCGAAUGACUUAAAAUUACAUAAAACGCCGAGAUCUGGUUUUAUCUUAGAAAAAAAAAUUUCGAAAAAUUUGACUUUCUGAGUCUUGUAAAAUUCGCGUCGACUUUCUGGGACUAAAAUUUCCAUUGGCUUCAAAAUGGAAUAUGUGAAAAUUUCUCGUUUUCUCGAAAAGAGUAACUACCCAUUCAAAAUUUCAGCUCAGUCGGACGUCGGGAACACGUGCUCCAAAGCGGUCAAAGUUUCACUUUUUCGACUAAUGAAAAAAAGCACAGGUAGUAGAACGUGGAAACAUCGAUAUCGAUUUUUUUAUGCCAAAUGACUCAGAAAUAGAACGUCGAGAUCUGCUGUUAUCUCGAAAAAAAAAAUUUUCAAAAAAAAUCGUCUUUUUGGAACUUAUUGGAACUUAGAAAUUUUUGGUCUGGGAAUCUUCCUUAUCUCGAACAUUUUUUUUUUUUCUCGAUGUUUCAUACCUUUCUAAGAUAUUUGGCUUCGAACUUUUUUUCGUUAUUGACAACUUCAUAAACUUACUAUCUGUGCUUUUUUAUCGAUGUUUUUCAAAAAACUUUGACCGCUUUGAGGCACUUGUUCUCAAAGUCUGAUUGAGCUGAAAUUUUGUAUAGAGGGUUUUUUCGUGGAGACGAAGCUUUUGAGCACUACUUCUAAGCAAAAUUAGAAAAUUAGAUUUUCAUUGCCACCCUACCAAAUAUGAUACGAAGAAAAUCAAAACUGGCUUGGUAAUAAUGGUAUAUCUCGAGAUUGACUCGUAUUACUUCGAGGUGAUGGUUGUUUUUCACGUGGAAUUUUCCAAGUAACACGAUGAAAUUAUCAAAUUUAAACUAAAAGAGGCAUUUGCCGAAAAAAUGUAAUUUAGUUUUAAAACACAAAAGUAUCUGACAACAUUACAAUUACAUUUUUGCCCGAUUCCUUGGUUUAGAAAUUAUUAAAUAUUUAAAAAUCAAUUAUAAAUAUUUAAAAAUCGAUUCUUAAUCUGGUUUACUUAACAGGAUUUUUACUUAGUAUAGUGUUCCUUAUAGUCCAUCUUUUACAAGUUGGUACAAAUAUCAAAAAUUUUGCUCCUCAGAAUGAAGAACAAAUAAAAAUACCUACUGAUAGAGUUUCAUCAGAUCAGAUUUGCAAUACAACACUGUUGUUUAUUGGGUGGGACACAAAUGAACCUUUCUUGUUCCUCAUGGGUCCUUCAACAAUUGUGUAAUUUUCCAGAUUGACUGGUGGAACUAUAUUUUUGCACCUGAUUUUUUAAGUUUUCAUACGAUUUUAUAUGGGAAAAUCCACUUUUCCUAAACUUAUUCCCCAGAGUUGUCUGGUUGACUCCUAAAAAUAUAUCGAUACAUAUUUGAGGAAAUUUUCCUGAGAAAAAUUCUUCUGUGGGCUAUAGGGCGCAACGAUGUUUGUAGAAACAGUAAUUGACCUCAAACUGAUGAAAUAUUUGACAAACAGCUCAACAUUGAUUUUCUAGUAACACUACUGCAGCAUACUGUUGUUUCAAACUUACCUACGUGAUGAGAAACAAUUUCGCGUAAAAUUUAGAUUGAGAUAUGAUUUUUUGCUCAUAACAUUAAAACAUCAGAGAAAUCCUCGAAAAAUAUAUCAACAUAUCAGCAGUAAGCCAAUAAACUGACGAAACAAUCAUCGCAGAAUAAUCGAAAGGCCAUACCAAUAUAAUUGGGAAUGAUAUGACAAUGAAUCACUAAUGAAUCAAAAAUCAUCAAAAAAUAACGUAAAAUCAUUAAAAAUUUUUAGGCAGUUUGUAAUUCAAAAAUUAUUAGACAAUCUUCAAAAAGACGUCGGUUGUUUGUCAGAAUGUCAUAAUCAAAAUACCAUCAUAAAAUUAUAAAUAUAUCAUACAUAUUCAUUUGUUAAGCCGUUGUGUGCUAAAUAUAUUUUGUUUUUUUUUUUUUUUUUAAUUUAUAAUUCAUAAAUUGUAAUCAAUAUUCUCAAAGUUAUACGCUGCCGUACUCUCGCAGACUGACGUAAGCGCCAUUUUUUCGAAUAUGGGGUUCUUAUGCCAAUUUGUUCGUUAUUCGAAGACCCAUCUUUUGGUAUCUUUCUUUUAGUUGUAACUUAUUCGUACGUUGCAUAAAAUCAAGAAAACAAAAUGACGUACCGUAAAACGGGGUAUCAUUGAUCAGCGGGGUAACAUUGUUCAGUUUUACCCUUCUCAUGAAUAGUUGAAAUAAAACUGCUCCGUGAUUACUUUUGCUAAAAUUGAGUAUAACAUCUUAGUCUUGUGUCAUUCGAGGUCUGAACAAUAUUGUAUUGGUUGAAAUUUAUUAUUGUUUUGAUGACCAAACUUUAAAAUAAUUCGAUCGUUAUAUUUCUUACUCUCAGUAAGUGCCAGAAAAAGCACUUUAUACUAGUCGAAUAUUGAAUAUUUCGUAUUCAUUGGCAUAUUUUCCGAAUUCGUCGUUAAAUUUUCUCAAUCAACCAGAAAAAAUUUUAGUCAAAUUUAUUAUAUUCAAUGUUAAUUAGUUUAUAUUUGGUAAAAAAGUCCAGUUUUAUGCUCUAGCCAAGACAACAUCCAGGAUGCUGUCUUGGCUAGAGCAUAGAACGUAAGAGGCUAGAGCUGGCCUAUUGAUACUUCCGUUGUUGAAAAGGCCUUACAUAUAAGAUCAAAAUACGUUUUCUGAAGACAAAAAUUUUACAACGAUUGUUGACUGACAAAAUACUUCUAGCAACUUUCGCGACCAACGUUUACGUUUUUCAUCAUCGAAAGGUAAAAUUACAUAUGGCAUAAAAAUGCCUCGCAGUACAUACCGCGGCCAAAUGCAAGGACAGGACUUUCCUCCGCAGUAAAAGCAGUCAAGGAGAACGGGAAGCGUCUCUAAACAUGUUAUCAAAGCAUUAUCUAACAUUUUUAGUUCAAAAAGGUUUCAAAACUAUUCAAAAUUGAAACUGAUCAAAUUUACCCCAAAUAAGGAAAAUUGAAACAACGACGAAAACUAAAUGUUUUUAAUGUUCAGGGUUUUUAGAAGGGCUUUGAAAACUAACUUCUCGAGUUCUAAGGAUGCCAGUACUGGUUUUAAAAAUAUGAAACCUGUAAUUUCAGUUGUAAAAUAUAUACAUACUCACGAAAAAGUGAAAAAAAUGAUCAAUGUCGUUUACGGUAUACACCAUUUAUACAAAAUAUACAAAUAUACAAAAUAUACAAUACAAAAGUGACAAGUAACCCGUUCGUUUUUGGACCGUAUUGAAAAACUGAUCAAAUGGAUGUACUUCAUAAUGUUAUAUCACGGCAGUACAAUGAUGUGAAUUGUAAUAUUAUUUUUGGAGAGUGUUUUCUAUUUUUAAUAUACGGUAUCGUCUUGAAGCAUUUAAAAUGUAUGAAACUGAAUGCCCAGAAAAACACGUAUAAAAAUCGUUACUAAAAAGAUAAAAAAAAAUAUUCUCAAUUUCGCACAAACUGAGCUGCAAUCAGUGCCCUGAACUAACCAACCUACAAAUAUUGCGUGCGUAAGUUCGGUACAGUAAAAGAAUUUCACGAAACAUACAACAGGAUUUAAUAUUAACAGAUGUUGUAGUAUAAUAUUAAAUAUAACGGUUACAGUUGUUUUUUUAAUUCCGUUGUAACUGCUGAGCAAUUAAAAAAACACUAUUCUAUCAAGUUCUAUACUGUUCAGUACUGUUGAAGAGAUUAUGUCAAGCUUUUUUUUUUCUUAUUUCCAUUAACAUACAUACAAAAAUGAAUAUCUCCUACGAUCAGAUUCGUUAGUUGGAAAGCAUACGAUUAUAAUUAUGUUUCAUUUUGUAUAUAGUAGCUAUAGAAGUAAGGUCAAAGCAAAUAUUUACAUUAAGAAACAAAGAACACAGUAUGUGCGGUUUUACAUAAGGUUUUUUACCAUUGACUCGGAAUGAAAUCACUGAUUACUUUGAUUUGAUCAUACUACAAAUUUACGAAUACAAAAAAAAAACAUCAACAACAACUACAGAUGCAAUGUGUUAUGAAGAAAAGAAAAAUAAACUGAGGCAACGAACGAAGGAAUUAUGAAGUGGUAGUACAAAUUUUACCUAAAAUAUAUGAUAAAAACACUCUGUAAGAAAGAAUCUACAAGAAGGUCAUGCAAACUUAAACCGAAACAAAACGUUUAAGGCACUUCUUCUCCCCCUAGUUUAAGUUUUAAGUUUUACACACGGGAAACAACAACGUUUCCAGCUACACAAUCCAACUGCCCAAACCUUGCAUCCUGCCCGUCGAUUAUGAGUGUUGAGUUUUAGAAAAGUAUAUGAGAAGAAAACAAUGCGAUAUUUUUAUGCUAGUCGAUUAUGUUAUAACCUACAAUCGGAAAUUCUUCUGCAGUUAAUAUUUUUUUUGUAAUAAUUUUACUUUCUAAGUAGUCCGAUAAGCUUUCGUUUUAUAUCCCAGUACAGCGAUUAAGAACAAUACUCAUACAAGUGAGCACAAAUUUUCGAUUUGCCAGUUAUUCAUUAAGUAUAUACUUAGCUUAGUUUACGAGCAUCACUUGACAUAACAAAUUUUCGUUACCAGAACUUACCAUUGAUCUUAUUUUGUUGAACAACGCUAUUAUGUUUUUGUUGUGUUUGAUUUUGAACAGUAAUCGCAUAGUUUAGACUAAAUGUACACAAUCGCGUAGGGAAGCAUAAACCAACUUAGAAGAACAGCAAAUUAAAACCAAAACUAACGAUGUUCGAAGCAGUUACAUUAAGGUAACCAAACUGCCAUUUCAAAACAAACAAUCCUUUGAUCAAUCACGACAGCAUCAGACGUUAAAUCAAGUAACUCUUUCCUGUAUUUACGGAACUAAGGUCAGAAUGCGACAAAGUGACACCCUCUUUUGCAACACUUACCUGAUUUUUUCCUGUCGUGCUUUGAUUUGGUCCGACCAGGCUUUGAAUCCAGAAUGCGCCAUAUCAUUUUGCUUUUAAACUUUGCUUGGGUCACCGUAGUUGUUCUGUUACAACAAAUGCCCAAUUUGAUCAAUGCACAUAGGUUUAUAUCCCACAACAACACACACGACACUUGUGCCUCUUAAAAAAAAAACAAAGUAGCGAAAUAAAACCGCCUACUACGAGAACGUCACUUCUCAGCUCUUAGUAAAAGAAUCGCCAUUUUUAUUUCAAACCAUUAUAGAAAAUAUCCUUCGUCCACAUUCACAUGACUAGCAGAUACCUGAAAGUGCCAUGCUAAUGCCCCGAAAAUAAAUGUACCCUGAUUCGACUGAUAGAUAACCGUCAAAGACGAAGGAAGGUAGGAACGAGACAGUACGAACCGAAUGCCUUUUAGUAGCUUAGACCGAGAAUAAAGUUUAAUCGGACGUUUAAAACGAAUAAAAUUCAUAUUGAACCAAAACAAAUUUUCCGGAAAACAUUUUUGGAUCAACUUUUUCUAUUAUAAAAAAAGCGUACAAACAGUGGUUUUUGUGUAUUACAUGUCACACGGUACGGUACAGAGUGAUAAAGAGUUUCCUUUUCGAUGUAGGUAAAAUUUGUGAUGUAUAAUUAGAGCUUCGAGUUCUCCUUAACGAAGUUAUUCUGUGCAUUAGUUUGUGAUGUAGUCUAACAACAAAACGGAUCCGUUUCAACAUAUUGACAUGUUUAUUUCUAAAAACAAUCGUAUGCUAUUUUACAUCCAAAUUUGUUCGUAUGUAAAUUUGUGAUAACAUUUCUAUGCUAAAUUGAUAACAACUCCAGUUUCCUACUUACGAUAUUUCUAACGAAAAUACAUGUUUAUCUAUCACAGAAUUGCCAAUCGAAUUUAUGAUAACA